UCCCCGGCGGCCGGCCGGCCGGCCGGAGCCCCGCCCAGGAUGCCGGUGCAUUCCCGCGGGGAUAAGAAGGAGACCAACCACCACGAUGAGAUGGAGGUGGACUACGCGGAGAACGAGGGGAGCAGCUCGGACGAGGAGGACACGGACAGCUCGUCGGUGUCCGAAGAUGGGGACAGCUCCGAAAUGGAUGACGAAGACUGCGAGAGAAGGAGAAUGGAAUGCUUAGACGAGAUGUCUAAUCUUGAAAAACAGUUUACAGAUCUCAAAGAUCAACUUUACAAAGAACGUUUAAGUCAAGUGGAUGCAAAGCUACAAGAGGUCAUAGCUGGGAAAGCGCAAGAAUAUUUGGAACCCCUGGCAACUUUACAAGAAAACAUGCAAAUCCGAACAAAGGUAGCAGGAAUCUAUAGAGAGCUCUGUUUAGAAUCUGUAAAGAACAAAUAUGAAUGUGAAAUUCAAGCUUCUCGCCAGCACUGUGAGAGUGAAAAGCUGUUGUUAUAUGAUACUGUACAGAGUGAGCUAGAGGAGAAGAUCAGACGACUUGAAGAGGAUCGACACAGCAUUGACAUUACCUCAGAGCUAUGGAAUGAUGAGCUUCAGUCAAGGAAAAAAAGGAAGGAUCCAUUUAGUCCAGAUAAAAAGAAGCCAGUUGUUGUAUCAGGCCCGUAUAUAGUUUAUAUGUUACAAGAUCUCGAUAUACUUGAAGACUGGACAACAAUCAGGAAGGCAAUGGCAACGCUGGGUCCGCACAGAGUCAAAACAGAGCUUUUUCAACUGAUCCCUUUAGCCCCCGUGAAAUUGGAAAAGCAUUUGCACAGUGCUAGGUCGGAAGAAGGAAGAUUGUAUUACGAUGGCGAAUGGUACUUACGUGGCCAAACAAUCUGCAUUGAUAAGAAAGAUGAAUGUCCUACGAGUGCCAUAAUUACAACAAUUAACCAUGAUGAAGUUUGGUUUAAGAGACCUGAUGGAAGCAAGUCUAAACUUUACAUUUCCCAGCUGCAAAAAGGAAAAUAUUCAAUAAAACAUUCAUAGUCAAAUGUAAACUCAUUCUACCUGGUCUAGUAUUACCAUGUGUGAGAUGCCAUGGGAUUAAAACUGUAUUUAACUUUUUAUUCUCAUUGCAUUUUGAGAAUGUUAUAUCGUAGUUAGUACUGUGUGUAGAUUUCCAAAUGAUGUGUCUUUUUCUAUUCUCUUUGCAUCAUGAGAAUAAGUGUAUUGUAGGUAGUACUGUAUGUAGACUUCAUAUUGAUGUCUUUUUCUGAAAAUGGUGAUAGAAACUUAAAUCAUGUUGACCAAGACAUUUUACCUCGAAGUUGAGUCAGUGCCUAGUACAUGAAGAAUGACCUUCCAAAAAAAUAGCAGAGGUUUUCUAACAAAUCCAUUUUAUUUGGUUAAUUAUGCAAAGUGGCUUAUCUUCACUGAACAUUGUGUAGUUGUGCAACUGCUGCUUUUAUCCACAACUCACUUGUUUUUAUGUCCCUCUAACUCAUGUAUUUGUAAAUAAGCCUGAUAAAAAUAUGUUGCCUUUAGUUGGUUUUUGACAGUGUACGUGUUCUUAAAUCAGAAUUGGAAAUGUUUUUGUUUUUUUUUUAAAAAAGCUAUAUAUAUAUUUAUGUGUAUUUGGGGGGCCCUGACAGCUAAACGACCGCAUACCACGUGGAAUGAAAUUAAGCUUUUGAUUUUAAAAAGCAGAACUCCUAGAAGGAGCACUUUCCUAGACUAACAGCGCUCCUUCUGCCCGGGUGGUGUGAUGGUGAUUUUAGUUUUUCUCCAACUACACCGCGUAUCAAUUAAGAAAAAUUAGCGUCAUGUCAUAAUAUGUACAAUUAUGUGUACAUAAUAUGUACAUUAUGUACAUAAUAUGUACAUAAUAUGUACAUAAUAUGUGCUUCUCCUUGUUUGUAGCCGACAGGGGGCACGAAUGCCUGGUAUUUAUGCUGCAAGUGUGUAAGUGGUGACAAAUAACCAACCAACAGUAUUGUGGUGCAUGCUGUAUUUGCCCGAAUUAUAGCCUUUCCAAACAGAUUCUCAGCAGACACUUUUCAGAGGUGAAGAGAGAUCUGCAUGCUAGUUUGGCACGCAGGACAAAACCAAAAGACAUAACUUCCGUGCUAAAAUCCAUCCUUGCCCAGUCACCGUUCUUUUCCUUUAGUGUCUGUCUUCAUUAGGGCCGUUCCGUGCAAUUUCGCUAGUGUUGGCUUCCCCGCCCAGUUUCCUAUUCAAAUACUUUCAAAGCCUCAGGAAGAGUGAACAGAGUCGGAGCCCUUAAUAUGCUGGCACACAUUUGCCGUCCGCGGCAUAGGAGGGGGAAGACAAGCAUUAGUAUUCCUGGUGGGUCUGUGCACUUUACUAUCCGUUACUAUUGAUACUUGAGGGGAGGGGGACGAAACCGGACUGUUGACAUUGAAGGCGAGAUCGGGAUUAGCGUGGUUCCUUGCAACACUUCUUUACCUCUGAGGACGUCUUUCUGUGCAGAUUGCUACUUGACAGACAGUUGCCAAAUGUUAAAAUAUUUGACCUCUGCAGUUCAUCGUCAGCAAUGCUUUUGUCACUCUGUGUGUCUCAUUAACGCUAGCCAAAUGUACAAAAUGUAACAAUCCGUUGGUCAGUCUUUGACGGUUAAUUAUGUACACACUGUUUGAUAAACAUUUUUGUAAUAAGGUUCAAGUAUUUGUAUUUUUUAACUUAGGAUAUAAUAAAAAUGGUCUGUGGUAGAGUACCAUU